GCUGUUAAGUGUAAACUGCUUUCAGUGACAGUGCUUUGUCAUACUUGUAAGAAUUUUUUAAACAGAGGAGAAAGCUUGAUUUUGAAAGCAAGAUGGAAUUCCCUGGCCUAGGAAAACAUUGUUCAUUAGCUUCCUGUAAACGUUUGGAUUUUCUCCCAAUGAAUUGUGAUGCUUGUAAUAAAACAUUUUGUAGUGAACAUAUUUCCUAUAAUACACACAACUGCCAAAGUGCCUAUAAAAAGGAUGUCCAAGUUCCAGUGUGUCCUCUUUGUAACAAACCAAUACCUGUAAAGCGUGGAGAACCGCCUGAUAUUAAGGUUGGAGAGCACAUAGACCGUGACUGUUUAUCAGACCCUGCAAAAGAAAACCGAAAACUGAAUGCCAACAGAUGCUCUGCUAAAGGAUGUAAGAAAAGAGAACUAGUCCCUAUUACCUGUCCAUCCUGUAGGAGAAAUUAUUGCUUACGUCAUCGACAUCCUCAAGAUCACAACUGUACAACUGCAAAGUCUACUAAUUAUUUGAAAUUGAAAAAUACAAACACAAAGUUUGAUGGAGGGAGUCAAAAUGUUUUGAAAAACAAACCGCAACAAACACCAUUGAGCGUGUUAGGCAGAGAUCUUGAUAGAUUAAGAAGAGAGCGUGCUGGCCAACAAAAUGUUCAAAGAUCAAAUGAUAAACAACAACAGUCAACACUUACAGAAGAUGAAGCUUUGGCUUUAGCAAUUCAAGCGUCACUUUCAGCAUCAAGUACAUCACCCACUUUGAAAAAUAAAUUUUCAUCUACUCUAGAAGAGGAAGAUCAUGCUUUGGCAAAGGCAAUAGCAGAUUCAGAAAAAGAAGAAAGAGAAAGAAGGAGGCGACAGCAAUCGGCCCAACAAUCGAGUCAAAAUGGAGAAAACAGUUCAUGCACUGUUUCAUGAAAAAAUAUGGUACAAUACAAUCAAAACGCUACGACAGCGCCAAUUAAUUAUUCCAAUCAUUUUAACGUAUAAUUAAAAUAAAAGUAAUAUUGCUGCCAAAGUAAUUAGAUAGGUAUCAAAUUGACUAUCAAUGUAUCAUGGUCUUCUGUGUAAAUUGCUCAGUAUACAUAUUACAUUUAAGUAUUUUUGUUUUUUAAUGUUCCUAACCAUUUACGUAAAAACUAUGGUGAAAUCAAUGGAAUUUCAUAAAAUUUCUAUUCCAAAUACAAUACCUAAAUACUCUGUUGGGAA